CCAUGUCGCACCAGCCGUCGCCCGGUCCCUCAGCCCAUCUCCAUCCUUCCACGUAUCCGCCCCAACAACAGAUCCAGAGCAACACGCCUAGUAAUAGUAGUCAUACUCAGACUCAGCCCGGCGUCGGUCCUCAUCCCUCGGCGUCAAUGCUCCAAAACCAAAACCCGAACAUGGCCAUGAGUCGACAGAAACUCAAGUCGUUCACGCCUGGGAUAGGUAUCGCCGCUGGCGCCGAGGACGCGAAGUAUAAGGCUAAGUAUAAGGAGUUGAGAAAGAAGGUGAAGGAGAUCGAGGCGGACAAUGAUAAACUCGUGUUCAAAACUCUUCAGGCUAAGAGGAAUAUACAACGUAUGAGGAUCGAGCGCGCUAUCAUCUACGAGCGCCUCUCUGCUACAGCUCAGUACCAAAUACCGCCGUCCCACCAAGUCGCCGGACCUCCAUCCUAUCCAGGUGUGAGCAGGCCACACUACCCAUCUCGUGAUAUCCACGACCCCUACGUCGGUGGUCCCGGCGUCGUCAGCGACCCAUACGAUUCUCCCGGCGUCGAAGGCUGGUAUAGAACGCAGAGCGGUAGCGGGGGAGGAACGAGGCUCACCGCUGCUCUACCACCCAAUGGCUCGCCAUUGCACAUCGCCGAUCCGUCCAUCAUGACCACCCAUCCGGGCAUCGGUCCUACCGCCCAUUCUUCGAGACAUUCGUCCGCGCAUCCUUCGUCUCGUGGUGGUGGUGGAAGUCAUCACCAAUCGUUACCCUCGCUUUCUUCCAUCCAACAUCUCGAACCCCCCCGUCCACACGAACUCGUCCGCGUUUCCCAUCCCCACUCACCUCCACCACCCUCCCUAACCACCCUAACCUCCAACUCACGCGGCCAAUUCCGCGUCGGAAAUACUAUCGUCUCAGGCUACGAUGCUCCCCCCGAAGGAAUUCCAGUUCCUAUGGACCGUUACCAACCGCGUCCGCCUCCUCCGCAAGACUACAACAUCACACCUACUGCAGAAAGAGAACGAGAACGAGAAAGAAGCGCAAGUGGACGAUCGCGUCGGUCCGAUAUUCACGAGCUCACGCACGAACAUCAACCUUCCCCGGGGGUCAGCUACAUCCCCGGUCCACCCUCCGUCUCCGCUUCAACUGCAAACUCAACUCCCGCGCCACCGCCACCUCCAUCCGUCUCCGUCUCCGUCUCUUCAUCUCUCGCUCCCAGCAUGAGUCUGAGCAUGAGUGCCGGUGCCGGUGCUGGCGGUGGUGCUGGCGGUGGUGACAACCCCCUCUCGCCCACGAUCUCGCACUCCCAGGCAUCAUCCUCCGAAACCCGCACCGGCGGCGGGUCCGGCCACAUGCAUAGACACCAACGCUUAGGACCCGGCACGAACAUCAAUAACGUGCGGCCACCGGGUUACGAGGCGGAGUAUAUCGAAAAGGAGAGGUUGAGGGAGAUGAACGAUCGUGAGAGGGUGAAAGAGUGGGAAGUGGAGAGGGAACAGCGCGAGGUGAGGAGGGGUGGGAUCGCGGCGGGUGCGGGUGGGAGGCCGGAGUAUGAUGAGCGCGGACAUGGGCACGGACACGCGCAUGCGCACGCGGGCUCGCCUUCGUAUAAUUCUGGUUCGGUGCACGGACGUGGACGAGCUGGUGUACCGGGCGAUUCGUACGGCGCUGUUUCGCCUAGGUCACGUUCGGGGAGUCUGGUGAGGCAGGAUCCGAUGGACGAAGAGGCGAGGGAGAGGAUGUAUUAUGAUAGGGAGGUCAGGGAGAGGGAGUAUAGGAUCCUGGCGAGGGAGCGAGAGAGAGAGGAAGAAGAGGAUAUGAGGCUGCGUCGUGGGGAGGCGGAGUCGUAUGCUAGGGGAACGAGGGGAGAUGAUGUGGAUAUGGAGGAAGUGGGCUAUAGGCGCGGCGGUUCGCCUUGAACGUAGGGGAUUGAAGAUCUUGGAGAAAACGACUCGGGACGGCGAAGUCGAAGGGAGAUAGAGGGGUGACGUUCUUUUCUUGUAUCCAAUCGUGUUCUCCUGAUAUUUAUUCAUCCUUGUGUUCUGACCU